GGUAACAACUGGCUUUUAGAUGAAGAGGCACUUAAACUCAGGCUGUCAUAGACAGUUUAAGUGAGGCCUAGUUCUGGGAAUACUUUUGCAGGCGAGUUAAGCCUCACACGUGAAAAUGUCCUCGGAAUUUAGUGGGAACGUUCAUGGAGAUUUGCAGGAUCCGGCUUUGCGAAGCACACGAACCCAGGGCAGGGGAUGCGUGUGGCAGCUGCCAUGGCCGGGCACAGCGCUGCCAGCCUGCUCGGCGGUCACAGCGGCCCCGGGGCUGCCGCAGGCCCCGGCUCGCUCUGCUUUACCGCAAACCCUCCUGCUUUCGGGAGCGGCUGCUCGGCUGCCCCAGCAGCAGAGGUGGGGAGCGAUGGCUCAGGCUCUCCUCACCGAGCCCUGCCAGGGUCUGCGGCAGCCCUUGGCUCUCCUCGGCGGCGACGCCAUUGCGCAGCCGGGUGCCCCAGUGCGGCCCGGGCUGUCCGGCCCGCAGCCCCCCCGGGCACCCCGGCUCCCGGCGGGGCCGUGGGGCGCACAGCGCCGGAGGCUCCCCCGCCUUCCCCUGCAGAGCCUUGCAGGGGACUGGGGGGGGCGCGGCGCCGGGCCUGCACGGCAGCAGCGGUGCGGCAUCCUAGCUCCUCGCCCGGCCUCCUCUGGCAUUCCGUGUGCUUUUCUUUUUUGUCUUUUAUUUUUUUUUCUGAUUUUGUUCUGUGUGUGUGUGCGGUGCCCGCUCCCCCGCCCCCGCCGGCCGCUCGGCACAUGGCCUGCUGGCGGCCGGCGGCGCGUGUGUCCCCGCGUCCCCUGGGCGAGGUGUCCCGUCCGCCGGCCGCAUCCCAGCCGAGAGGGGCCGGCACCCCCUCCCUCCCCAUCCCCUCUUUUCGGCAGUCGCCUUUUUUUGUUGUUGUUGUUUUGUUUUGUUGUUUUGGGUUUUUUCCCGGUGGUUUUGUUUGUGUUUUUUCCAGGUGGGACGUGGCGGUGACCGGCGAGGCUCGCCCGGCACUGAAUGUCACCCUGAAGGAUUUGCUGACAUUUGGGCUGUUUCAUUGCCAGAGGAGGCUUUGUGUGUCCCAAAGGAAGCUUCUCUGCAGAAUGUCAAGCAAAGAUCGACACAUUGAUUCCAGCUGUUCGUCGUACAUCAAGACGGAACCGUCGAGCCCCGCCUCUCUGACGGACAGCAUCAACCACCACAGCCCCGGUGGCUCCUCCGACGCCAGCGGGAGCUACAGUUCCACCAUGAAUGGACAUCAGAACGGGCUGGACUCGCCUCCCCUCUACCCCUCGGCCACAGGGCUCGGGGGCAACGGGCCGGUCAGGAAACGGUACGAUGACUGCUCCAGUACCAUUGCUGAAGACUCACAGACCAAGUGUGAAUAUAUGCUGAACUCGAUGCCCAAAAGACUGUGUUUGGUGUGUGGUGACAUUGCAUCAGGGUACCACUAUGGAGUGGCCUCCUGCGAGGCCUGCAAGGCUUUCUUCAAGAGGACAAUUCAAGGUAACAUAGAGUACAGCUGCCCAGCAACAAAUGAAUGUGAAAUCACAAAGCGCAGACGCAAGUCCUGCCAAGCCUGCCGCUUCAUGAAGUGUCUAAAAGUCGGCAUGCUGAAAGAAGGUGUGCGCCUAGACCGAGUACGUGGAGGUCGCCAGAAGUACAAGCGCAGAAUAGAUGCAGAGAACAGCCCAUACCUGAACCCUCAGCUAGUUCAGCCAGCAAAAAAGCCAUAUAACAAGAUUGUCUCCCAUUUGCUGGUGGCUGAACCAGAGAAGAUCUAUGCUAUGCCUGACCCCACUGUUCCAGACAGUGACAUCAAAGCGCUUACCACUCUUUGUGACCUGGCAGACAGAGAACUGGUGGUGAUCAUUGGAUGGGCUAAACAUAUUCCAGGAUUCUCCACUUUGUCUCUAGCUGACCAGAUGAGUCUUCUGCAGAGUGCUUGGAUGGAGAUCUUGAUUCUCGGUGUUGUAUACCGGUCACUUUCUUUUGAGGAUGAGCUUGUAUAUGCUGAAGAUUAUAUUAUGGAUGAAGACCAAUCCAAAUUGGCAGGCCUUCUUGACCUUAACAAUGCCAUACUGCAGCUGGUAAAGAAAUACAAGAGCAUGAAGCUGGAGAAAGAAGAAUUUGUCACCCUCAAAGCUAUAGCACUUGCUAAUUCAGACUCAAUGCACAUAGAGGAUGUUGAGGCAGUGCAGAAACUUCAGGAUGUCUUACAUGAGGCUCUGCAGGAUUACGAGGCCGGGCAGCACAUGGAAGAUCCUCGCCGUGCAGGCAAGAUGUUGAUGACUCUCCCGCUUCUGAGGCAAACCUCCACCAAGGCUGUGCAGCAUUUCUACAACAUCAAACUGGAAGGCAAAGUCCCCAUGCACAAACUUUUUUUGGAAAUGCUGGAGGCCAAGGUCUGACUAAAGCAUCAUGGGCUUCCCCAUCAUGCACGUUUUAAAAAAAAAAAAAAAAAAAGAAAAAAAAAAGGGAAAAUAAACAGGAUAAUAAUGGCAAAGAAACUUAGUGUUUAAUUAAGGAAAAAAUGACUAAAUGACUGCACUGAUAUUUAGCAGCAAGACUGUGAAGCAGCUUUCAACUUUUUCUUCUGUGUCUUUCUGAUGCAGUUUUUUCUUUUCCUUUUCCUUUUCUCCCUUUUCCUUUCUGUUCUUUCCUUUCCUUUUUUCCUUUUUCUCUUUUUUUUUUUUUUCCUUUGCUGCUGAACUUUUUAAAAGAGGUCUCUAAUUGAAGAGAGAUGGAAGCCAGGCCUGCCAAAGGAUGGAAAUCCAUAAUAUGGAUGCCAGUGAACUUAUUAUGAACCAUAAUGUCCCCAAUGACAAAGGAAUCAAAGAGAGAAGCACCGUACCUAGCAGUACAGUACAACACGAUGAACUGACUGAAUGCAGUAUUAGAUUUCAUAGGAGCAGUCUCUAAUUAGACGACUAAAGCGACGAUGCAUCGGCUGCUUCUUACCAUUGCAUUUUCCAUCUAGAUCAGUUACAGCCAUUUGAUUCCUUAAUUGUUUUUUCAAGUCUUCCAGAUAUUUCUUAGGUUAGCUACGAUGUAACUUUUUCAGGGAAUAGUUUAAGCUUUAUUCAUUCAUGCAAUACUAAAGAGAAAGAAAUACUGCAUUUUUGUGCUGGCUUGAACAAUGAUGAACAAUAAUGAAGGACAAAUGAAUCCUGAAGGAAGAUUUUUUUAAAUGUUUUGUUUCUUCUUACUAAUGGAGAUUUUUUUGUACCAGCUUUACCAGUUUUCAGCCAUUUAUUAAUGUGGGAAUUUAUCUUACUAAAGCAAUAGUCGAAGGGAAGGUGCAUAUUAUCACGGAUGCAAUUUAUGUUGUGUGCCAGUCUGGUCCAAAACAUCCAGUUUCUUAACAUGAGCUCCAGUUUAUAACUAAAUGUUCACUGACUCAAAGGAUUAGAUUACACCUGCAGUAUAUCCGAGUAGUCUACCAUAUAAAUGCUCCAUGUCAAAUACCAAUCCGUAACGGCGUUAGGAGACAGCGACUGUGCAGGGGCGCGGUCGCCCAGUGAUUUCUUACUGCUUCAGUUGCAAAGGAACGAGAUACUACUGCCUGUUUGCAAAAUUGUAACCUCACACGCAGAAAAACCCUAUGAAACAAUAGUAGCUUAGAGGCAAUGAGGCCGCCGUUUGCAAAAUUAAGAAAUCAGAGAAGUAGACUUCUGACCAAAUUGAAGAAUUUAACACUUCUAUACCUUAUUUAUUGAUUUAGAUUUUUGUUUGUAAAUGGCGAUCCUUAACAAGUAGCUAAACCAGUAUAUGUGCUUUUCAACCAGUAUUGUCACAGCAUGAAAGUCAGUCAGUUUCAAGACUGUUACGAGGUGUAAUCUAAUGUAUAAACCGAUUAGAUGCCCCCAGAAAACUACAGUCGCUAAAUAACCAAUAAACAAUAACCUCCAUCAAAUGCUAUACCAAUGUACCAGUGUUAGUAGCUGCUCCCUGUACUAUGUGAACAUCCUUAUUCUAUGUACACAGAUGUAAUUAAAAUUGUAAUCCUAACAAACAAAAGAAAUGUAGUUCAGCUUUUCAAUGUUUCAUGUUUGCUGUGCUUUUCUGAAUUUUUAUGUUGCAUUCAAAGACUGUUGUCUUGUUCUUCUUGUGGUGUUUGGAUUCUUGUGGUGUGUGCUUAUAGACACAGGGUAGAAUUAGAGACAAUAUUGGAUGUACAAUUCCUCAGGAGAUUACAGUAGUAUAUUCUAUUCCUUACCGGUAAUAAAGUUCUUCCUAGUAAUAAUUAAGAGAUCGAAACUCCAAACAAAUACUCGUUAUGAACAGAUACACACUGAAAUCAUAAUAUUUUCAAAACAAGGGAUAAUUUCUGUAACAGUUUAUUAUAGAAUACCAAUGUAUAGCUUAGAAAUAAAACUUUGAAUAUUUCAAGAUUAUAGAUAAGUCUAAUUUUUAAAUGCUGUAAAUAUAGCUUUUAUUCAAUCAUCUCUCAGAUGUUGUUAUUAACUCGCUCUGUGUUGUUGCAAAACUUUUUUGGUGCGGACAAGUUUCCAAAACUAUUGCUACGUUGUGUGCUUUAAACAAAAUAACAAUGGGCCGAUGCUCUCUCGGCCUCAUGCUAGGAAAAAAAAAAAACUGUGUAUCUAUCAUUAGCUAUAUGGGACUAUAUUGUAGAUUGUGUUUUCUCAGUAGAGAAGUGACUGUAGUGUGACUCUAGGUAAAUCAUCAUUAGCAAUUCAUUCAGAUGGUCAAUAACUUGAAAUUUAUAGCUGUGAUAGGAGUUCAGAAAUUGGCACAUCCCUUUUGAAAAAUGUCAAAAAAAAAUACAACUCCUGGGAAAAAGGUGCUGAUUCUAUAAGAUUAUUUAUAUAUGUAAGAGUGCAAAAAAAAAAGUUUAUUUUCCAGAAAGUUUCUGCAGGGUUUAAGUUGCUACUGUUCAAGUACACUAUAUAUAUAUAAAUAUAUAAUAUAAAUAUUGUUUUUGCUGUAUCACAUUAAAGAACUUGGGCUUCAGGGUCAAAAGCCAAUCAAUAGAAGUAUACAAAAAACACACAAAAAAUGGAGAUGUGUUAAAGGCACACGGUGCAAACUUUAGUUUUCAUUUUCCAUAAUUUUUUGGAGCUGCAAAAGAACAAGUAUCUCAAGACUGUAAAACCAUUACCUGAAACUUAGCUAAAAAAACUGCACGGGCUUUAUAAUGUUGUUCAUCUUAAACCUUGCUGGAGAAGAGUUCUUUCAAGACCACUUACUUAAUGUGAAGUGUUGGGAAAAUUUCAAAGGGUGUAUGUUUUAGCCAUAACAAUUUAAUUUCUAUUUUUGCUUCAUUUUUUAAUUUUUUCUUAUUUAAAGCAAUAUGAUUGUGUAACUCCCAGAAGUUACACAUUUGUUUCAAUCAGAUCAGAUUGUUGUAUUUAUUCCACUAUUUUGCAUUUAAAUGAUAACAUAAAAAGAUAUAAAAAAUUAAAACUGCUAUUUUUCUUAUAGAAGAGAAAAUGGGUGUUGGUGAUUGUAUUUUAAUUAUUUAAGCGUCUCUGUUUACCUGCCUAGGAAAACAUUUUAUGGCAGUCUUAUUGUGCAAAGAUCGCAAAAGGACAAAAAAAAAUUAAACUGCUUAUAAUAAUCCAGGAGUUGCAUAAUAGCCAGUAGUUUAAAACCGAAACAAAACAACAAAUGAAAACAAACAUGUCUAUAGCUGUAGAUGGGCUUCACAUCUGUAUAGCAAUCAACUGUAUAUUUUUGUGAUGUGUAUCAUACCGUGUGCUCCAACCAAUGUCCAUUUGUGUAAAUGUAUUUAUUUUAUAUUGUAUAUAUUGUUAAAUGCAAAAAGGAGAUAUGAUUCUGUAACUCCAAUCAGUUCAGAUGUGUAACUCAAAUUAUUAUGCCUUUCAGGAUGAUGGUAGAGCAAUAUUAAACAAGCUUCCACUUUU